CGCGUUUGGUGACGGUAACGCUGUGCGACAGAAAGAAGUCAGGAACCAACUUCACGAACUAUCAGGUAAAUGGAUUGAAAAGCGUGCCUUUAAGCGGUAAACAGAUCAACCAGAGGUGAAUAAAACUGGGUUUUUAAAGACCCUGUCACCCUGGUGGUGCUCUGAUAGUAGUGAACGGAUCUAUGGAUGGUUAACAUUAGCGAGGCUAACAGUUUGGUGCUAAAGUUGAGCUAACUGUGAGUCAGAGGAGACACUUGUUGCAGGAGAAGUUUGACCAAAUCUUUGUAGAGCUGUGAUCAGGAAUGCUUAGAGAUAAAAAACGACUAACUGCUUCUUUUUGUGAUCGUUAACCCAAAUCGAAAACUGGUUGUCACAUUUUUUAUUUUAACAACCGAGGCUCACCUGUGCUAUCGAUCCAAGACUAGAUUUACAGUAGGGGAGAGAGGGGUCAGUUGAGCCACCCCUCGUUGCUUGGAAAUGAUACAAGAAAUUGAUCAUGUGACCAAAUAUUUAGGAGAUGGGCAUCAAUUCAUGGAGUCUGUGAAGGUUAGAAGCACAUGGGUGAAGGGGUUAGACCUUUAUUUACAAAAACAAACAUUUUUCACUCUUGAAAGUGAAUUUAGUCUGUUAAUUUUAAAUGUGUUUUAUAGGGGAGAGUGAGGUAAAGUGAGACAUUUUUUACAUUUGCUCCCCUCUAAGUGAGCUAAAACGAUAUAUGGUGUUUCAGGGUGUUUCCUAGGAAUGGAAAUUAUCAGAAUGUAUUCAGGAUGAAGGGCAGAGAAAAUGUGAUUGUUUUUAAAAAAGUGGUUUUGUGUCUCAAUUAACCCCAGAUUAGUAAACUGAGACAGACCUAAGAAAUCAAGGGGGUAAAGUGAACCACUUACUUAUUCCGCUCUGAAACUAUCAUAACAGCAAUGAAAUCAAACACAACAUAACAUAAUCCAAAAUGUUUUAAUUAACAUUCAAAUGACAGACAGAACCGGUCAAGGGGUCAGAACACAGGAACCUUAGAGACAGCUAGUGUCUGGGCAUCAGAGCAGAGAAAGGGAAUCAGAACCAGUUAGAACAGCCUGGGACUCAGAGCCAUAGACUGUAUAUGGACAACUUGGUUCGGCCUCCCGCCUGUACACGGAUUUGAAGUAAAAAAGCUCUCGAUAUUUCUGCGAUUUUUCUCCAUUUCCUAAAACCAGUGCUGCGCAGUAGCGUUGUACGCAUUCGGCAGGAGAGUCACAGAGAGUCGCUGUGAUGACACCCUUAUAAUUUUAAAAACGGAGCUUCACAGAAAAAAGACGACUUGGGUACAAACCAGUCUUACUGUAACUACAUGUCAACAUCACAAGCAGGGUGGAGAAAAAUUUAUGUUCAGUGUAAUUAAUUUCUAAAGUUUGUCCACAGUCCCAUAAGCUUUGCUGGCGGAGGUAUGCAGAUACACUAGUUAGAGACAAAACUGUGAUUGACUUGAUAUAGUGAUCAGAAAUAUGAAAAAUGGCUCAUCUUAUCCCACUCUCCCCUAUAGUAAGUUCAGCGUUGAUGCAGCUAUUAUUUUCUGGGACCACUUUAAGGCCUCUCCUUUAUGUCAGUGUUGGUGAUACAUGUUUUGUUCCCUGACAGGUUUGAGCCUCGUGCUUGCAAUGGGGGACAUGAAGACCCCAGACUUCGAUGAUCUGCUGGCAGCUUUUGACAUCCCAGACAUCGAUGCUAAAGAGGCCAUUCAAUCAAGUCCUGAGGAAGAACCUAAGGAAGAAGGAACUGAUGGUGAUGAAGGGCAGAGUGGGUCCCCCUCAUGCUUUCCCUCCCCUCUGGCUCCACACUGUGACCCCCCUGUGGUCAGUGUUAUUGUGAAGAACACUGUGCAGCCCGAGUCCUGCGAGGAAAUCAGCGAGUCUGCAGGGAAUAAAACAGACCAUUCGUUGAACAGUGGUUUGAACCCUCAGGUGAAGGUCAACUUUAGUGACCACACAUCAUGUCUUGGUCCCAAAAUCCCCGCUGAUGCCUCUGUAGAUCCUCAGAUUGCCAAUGGAGUUGAGGAUUCAGCCUUCAAGGAUAAGGGACUGUCCAGCACACAGCCAUGGCCCCAUUCUUUACCAUUGUCACCCCCACAGAUUGCAAGUGAGAGUCAAAGUGAUAAAGAAGCUGAGGUUAAGUCUGACCAGGAGGAAUCUAAUGUUGUGAACAGCUUGCAGCCUCUCACCCACCUCCAGUCUCCUGAAAGUGCCAACCCCAACUCCUCCACACCUCCCUCCCAACACUCCAACAGCCCUCAUCGUCCUAGAACCCCUCAAGAGGAUGAACCCUGUCGGCUGAACAAUUCAUCUUCACCCUUUUCACCGAUAAACAGUACUAUUAAGACUGUUAUACACUCAGAUGAGGAUGACUCCGAGCCAGACUUAGGAAGUCCACUAGUGAUUCAGGAGAGCCCAGAUUUUGAAAUGUCUCCCCCUCCAAAUUUCAAACACAGAGCAAGAGAAAGGUCCAAGCUGCUUGAGUCUCCUGUAACCCCUCCCAAUCUGGUGUCUUAUCCUCUUCCUUCUCUUGCACCUGCAAAUCCUAAACCACAACUUGAGGAAAAGGCCCCCCCAACCUUGAGUCCUCCCUCUUCUGCUCCUCAGCCACAAAGCCCUCAGGUUGACCCUUUAUUCAGUGCAUACUCCAGAUCAGUCCAAGAAGAAAAAUACCCGGAGCAUGUUAUUGAUGAAAGGGACUCGCCGGAGAGCCCGCCACCCAGUGAGACAGGCCUUAUGGUCCCCAAGAUUAGCAGUAGCCCUGAUUCUGCUCAGACAUCAAGGCUGGCUGCAAACCACAAGGACUUUCAUCACCGAGCUGUGGUCAUGGAAACUGAGCCUGAAGAAAAAAGAUCAGGAGACAGUAAGGAGCUGAGUGAGGAGAAGGAUGGAUAUGGAGACAGUUUAACUGAGGGGAGGAGCACUGGAGCAAAUUCAAAGCAUUAUGCGUCAUCUGAUGGCGCUGAGACGGUUUCAGCCCCACUGCAGCCCCUCAAGGUGAAAAUCAAAAUGUCUACAGGCGGCGUCACAAAGACAGUGACUGGUGACCCUAAAAGAGGUGGUAAAGCUACUGUCAAGGUUGUGGAUGCUUCAAAACCAGAUCAUCAUAUCACAAGAUCCAAGAAGGAAUCGGCACAGCAAUCUCAGACACUCCAGAGUGACAAAGACACAGCGGACGCCCCGCAUAAAGUUUCCCCUACAGCAGUGAGCAUCACUAAAACUGCAGCCCUGCCUUCUGUCUCUGUCCCCUUACCCAAAGUCAGCCCAGGAGGGAUCACCGCUCGCAACCUGGCCCAAAAAGGCGUGUAUGGCGGGAUGGCGCUUGCUACUUCAUCACCUUUGCUUUCCGCUCAAGGCGGCAGUAGACCUGCCUCUAUAGUGAACAGCACAGGAGCCAUCAUAUCCAAGAGUCAGACCAACCUGGUGGACGCUUUCAACAAGAUCCUGAAUAACAAGAACCUCCUGCCCAGCUACAAACCAGAUCUGUGCUCCCCUCUCCCUGCAGAGUGGGGCCUGCCUCUUCCUGCACAGGUAUACUGUUAUUGUGUUUUGCAUGAAAACAAGGUAGAAAAAAACCUACAUUAUAAAGUUUAUUUAUUCAUCAUUAGAAUUUUUUUGUAGCUCUAUUAUGUUUUUAAUGUGGUGGUAUGCUUCUUCUUCUUGUCUAAUUCAUAAAUGCUGCUCAUAGAAGAAAGAUAAUCCAGUUCAUCAAAAAAAAAGAUUGAGUUUAACACUGUGACUUAAAGGGAUAUUCCGGCGUAAAAUUAAUUUAGGGUCAAACACACCAUAACACCGAGUUAGACACCUCCUCAAGAGACGAAUGUUGCCGACCGCUUGCUUCUCUAGUUAUACCAACUUUAGUAACAAGCGCACGAUAGCAAUACACAGCGGUCUGAGGAUCCAUAAACAAUCCUCAACCAAAACGGCACUCUAUAGCCACAAAUAAUGCUCAGAACAGCACCUAACUUCAUCAACAGUACAUAUAGGGUCCUAGCCACAGUACUAGACCAAACAUCUUUUUAGCUUUGCCUGAUUUCUUUAGCAAAGAGACUAAACACAACUUACCUACUCUCUUCCAGCAGCCGGUUGUUUGUAGCGAGACCUCGGACCAGUCCAUUAUGGACUACAGUGGGGUGGCGCAGCUCAAGGAAGAACAUUUGUGAUAAUUUCUUCAUGGAAAUGCAAACAGACCGAGACGCUAAGGCAGGAGAACUCUGGUGUCUGCAAUGCAAAAUGAUUAAUAUGGUGAUUAUUACUUCAAGGAAAUGAUAAAUAAAUGAUCUUUAAUGUUCUUCCUUGAGCUGCGUAACCCCACUGUAGUCCGUAAUGGACUGCUCUGAGGUCUCGCUACAAACAAGCAGCUGCUGGAACACUCCCUUGCAGAGUGUUUGACCCUACACUAAUUUUACACCAGAAUAUCCCUUUAAAAUGUAGGCGUUGACCAUUAUUUUAUACCAAACUCACAAUAUUAUCCACAUGCCUUAAUUUUGUAUACACGUUUCCUCUGCUAAAGAAGAUCAAUGUUUGAUUCCCUGCAGGGUUACCGCUGUCUGGAGUGUGGUGAUGCCUUCGCCCUUGAGCAGAGUUUGGUGCGACACUACGCCCGUCGCUCCCUGAGGAUUGAGGUGACCUGUAAUCACUGCGCCAAGCGCUUAGCCUUCUUCAACAAGUGCAGCCUGCUGUUACACGCCAGAGAGCACAAGGAGAAAGGUCUGAUCAUGCAGUGUUCGCACCUGGUCAUGAAACCCGUACCUGUGGAGCAGAUGAUUAGCCAGCAUGAUCCUUCACCCACUGGUGAGGGGAAAACGUCCCUGUUGUUUAUUUUCACUUUUCUUGAUGUUCUUUGUGUUCAUGUUUCUCUUUUUUUCCUCUCUUGAUUCUUCAGGUGGCUUUUCUCCAUCUCACUUGUCCACCUCUUCAGGGGCAUCAGCAUCCUCUUUAGGCACCGCCACCUCAGACCCACCACCCCUGUUGAAUAAAGCAAUACCCAACAAGACAGCAGAGGCAGCGCAGUACACCAAUAAUAAAUGUCCUGAGUGUCAGGCUCAGUUCAGCACCAAAGAGGAGGUGGCAGAGCAUUUUCAAGAAGUCAAACCUGCGCAAACCACAGUGAGUCUUUGAGUUUGUUUGUGUUUCUGGAGGAGGGGCGUGUGUGUGUGUCUUAUUUCCUCCUCUCAUACUCUGUUUUUCUCCAGCCAUGCUCCGAGUGUUCUCCUGCCAUGCUCCUGCCUAACAGCUGCAGUGCAGCUGCUCACCAGCGCAUCCACCAAGGCUGCCCUCCUCACGUCUGCCCGGAGUGUGGGGGCACGACCAAGCAGCCGCUGUUUCAGACACAUCUAGAUGAGGCAUGUCUGCAUUUUGCACGCCGCAUUGGAUACAGGUGUGAUUCCUCUUCAUGUUGUGAACGAAUCAAAACUCUACUGAACUGUUGUAUGAUCACAUGAACUCUACUUCUCAGCCCAGUGUUUUAUGUGUGAUUUAUGUCCAUCAUUUACUUGUUAAUGAUCUGACUCAGACAAAGAUGGAAAGAUCUCUGGUAUUACCUCCUCUCUGUAAGUGAUUGUUUGAAAUCUCUCCUCUGUAAUAUAGGCAUACUUGAGCUGUUUUUUUAGGGUCAUAAAUUUUGCCAAUACUUCCACCUUUUUGUGGAAACACCUUGUGGUUAAAAACUGCUCUUUUGAUUCGUAGAUAAAGGACUGAAUCACAGAAAACCUCUCGAUUAUUUUCUUCCAGUUUAUUCACAAUUCUUCCUUUCUUUCUGCGCAGAUGUUCCAGUUGCCUGGUGGUGUUCGGAGGCCUUAAUUCAGUGAAGUCUCACAUCCAACAGGCUCAUUGUGACAUGUUCCACAAAUGCCCCAGCUGUCCCAUGGCUUUCAAAUCUGCUCCCAGCACACAGAGCCACAUCAGCGCCCAGCAUCCCACGCUCACUGAGACACAGACUAUGUACGUUCAGACAUGCAAUCAGAUCUCACUUUAUCUCAUGAUACAGCUUUGUCUUUUUAUCACAUGACCCACCCUCUCAUUCUCUUACAGGUUGAUUUAUAAGUGCGUCAUGUGUGACACAGUUUUCUCAAACAAGCCCCUGCUCUACGUCCAUUUUGACACUCACUUAACCACUCAGAAGGUGCAUGUGUUUAAAUGUCCUGAGUGCACCAAACUGUUUUCUCAGAGGAGCUCCUUACUGGAUCAUUAUAAGGUAUACACAUGCUCAUGUAAUAUCAGAUAUAUCUGACUUAGAGUGAAAAGAAAUACCACCCUCUGUCUCCCUCUGCUCUUAACUAUCCUCUCUGUUUUCUCAGACCCACAAGACUCCGGGAUUGAAACAGGUGCUGCCUUCACCUCCAGCCGCUUCCUCUCGUCCUCAAUCGUCUGUGAAGUCAGAGAGCUCAGAUGGGAAGGAAUGGAUGGAUGAAGAUAAAGAAGAAACGGUGAAGACAGAGAGGAUGAAGGCCCCCUCAGGGUGGAAGUGUGCACGUUGCCAAGCACAGUACACAGACCGGGAGGACUACAUUACUCAUAUGGCUAAACAACAUGGCAGGGUCUGAAAGUCCACCACCUCAUAUUGUAUCAUGCAUACAGUUCAUCUACAUCUACAUUUGUUUUAAAAGAGUAAAUAUAAUUGUGCAUAUGUUUGUUUUUUUGGGCUUGUCUUCUGCAGAUUCUGAAAAAGUUUCCCUGUAACAAAUGCGAGAGCUCUUUCACCACCACCUCCAGUAUGAGACGCCACAUCAGAGACAAGCACAAAGGCAUGAAUCGAGGCUUUCGAUGCAAGUAAGUCCACCCUACCCUGACUUCUUCAACCUUAUUUUAUCGCUAAGAUGACACUUUAAUUCCCGAAGAUUAAACCAUUAAUGCUUUGGGUGUGGUCAGAAGGAUUUCACAAACUGCACGGUUGAAAAUGUUUGGAGCAUACCUGCCAACACCCGUUUUUCCCGGGACUCCCAGGACCGUAGUUUGAUGGUCCACAUUCAUUCAUGAAUCGGAUCACUAUAUUUGUCCAGAGUUUCCAGGUUUCCAGACAACCGAAGAUUGUCUUGUGUUUCUGCUGAGCCUCACAGACACUGGAUUGAUACUUUCACUUUACAAUUUGGGAUGAUUCUGGUCGGUUUAGGCUGUAAACUAUAUUUAAGCAGCGUUUGUUGCGAAAUGAACACUUCAAUAAAAGGGAAUCAAACACAAGAUAUAAUAUUUACGUUGAUAGUCUUGCACCGUCUCGGAGUGAUGUGUUCAGGGCAGCCUCAGAUAAAAGAGUGCUGUAUUACACACACAGAUGUUCACAGAGCCUCAUACGGGAGAGCAUGUAAAAUAUAUGAGGACUUUAACACCAAUAUUAGUGGACUAAAUAAGUUUAAGGCGUAUCGUAGCUGUUAUUAUUUUUUAAUACCAUUUGUUUUUGUUAAAACAAAACAAAAAAGUGUGCAGCUUCACUUAGACUUAUUUGGAUGAGCAAUUUAAUUACAAAUCCUCUCAUAAUUAGCUCAUAUCCACCGUACAAGGUUACCCCAAAACUGCCCAGCUCGUGCUGCAAAAAUCUCCUGGAUUGAUAAUAGUUUCUGAAGAUUUUUGAUUAAAACAUGAUCAAACUGAACUAAAGCUACCAAAUGAUCUCUUUAGGUGAAAAGACAAAUAACUCGUGAUGGUGUUUUUGUUAUUUUGAAGGUUUUGCAGCGACAGCAAGAAAACGUUUGGCAGCAGAGCGUUGUUGGAGAGACAUGUUCAGCUGAGGCACAGCGCAAGCACAGGCAGCUUUGACGUCUCGAUGGUACGGCUCUGUUUGUGUUUUUCUUCAGAAAUGAAACACUCCACAAAAUUUUGUAACAGCGAAUUGGUUUUGAUCUUAGGGAGGCAGAGAUGGGGUCGACGGUUCAUCCGGACAGGACAGCAGUGUGGGGACCCGCCGGAGACGCAGAGCAGCUGUAAAGAAGGAUCAGUAUGAGGAUUCAGCAGAUGGUGCGAGUCCAGUGAAGAAGCUGCAGUCCUCUUCUUCCUCUGCUCUCCCCUCUCACUCCCUUCCUGGAUCUGGGUUCCGCUGUGCCCCCUGCGGCUUCACCACAGAGGACCAGGUGUCAUUCUUGGACCACAUCAGCCAGCACCAGCGAGGAGCGACAGAAGGCGGCGGUCAGCAGUGUCAGCAGUGCGGCGCUUGCUUCACAUCUAACUCCUCCCUGGCACGACACCGCUUCAUCACCCACAAAAUCAAAAAUGCAUUCAGUGAAAACCAGCAGCAGCAGCAGCCGCCUGUCGGCACGCACUCAGCUUUGGUAACCCCUGGUAACAGCAGGAACCACGAUGAGAAGAGUUCUCUGGACAGCUCUGCGCCGGCAUCGCCAUCGUGUGUCGCUUCUGCAAUGGAGGAGGAAGACUCACUGGCGUGUAAAGUGUGCGGAAAGCGAUUCGAAAAGACAGCCGAUCUAAAUACGCACUUCAGAACUCACGGCAUGGCUUUUAUCAUCGCAAGAAAUGCAGGGAAAUCUACCUAAGGCGCCGCACAUGGGGUCAGGCAGUGCUGUCAGGUCACAAGUGCCUCAUUUGUCACUGACCCCUUAUGAAAGCACCGGCUUUCCAUUUCUUUGCGUCUGCACAAAUUUAACCAAAGAGUCGUGAGUUUGGGUUUGGGUAAUUUUCACUGGUAAAAAUAACAUUAACUUUCUGUCGGUUCACUCAGGACAUAGUGCAGCAUUUCUGUCCUCAUACUGUCGAGAUAAGAGCAAGUUUUUGGUCAUAUAGAAAAACGUUUGACAGUUUUUGAAUCCAUUUAUGUCACAUUAUGCAUGUAGAGAACUGUGAAUUAUGAAACCAAAUCCUGCUGUGAUAAAAAGCUCUUUGAUGAAUGUUGACAGAUCAGAAUGUGUAUCACCCUUCAAUAGAGAUUUUUAAUGUGCAACCUGGGUUUUUCUCUGUAAAGCCUUUUGUUUUUCCUUUUGUUUUGUUUUUUUGGAGAAUAGUGCGGAGGAAGAUUUGACCAAAUUACUAUUAAGAGUGUAAAACUAGCACUUACCGUCUGCUAUUUUCAAAACCAAAUUGUGACAUUUCAGAUCUUUUCUUGACUUAAAUCUUAGAAUCUCAAAGAUUUUUAGUGAAAUCAAACUGUAACGCCUUAAGCCUGCAGAUGAAAGCUCUUGAUUUUUUUAGUCUUCUAUACUGGGCGCUAAGUCGACAUUCCCAUAUGAUGUAGAAUAGAAACAGACUUGCAGUAAAACCCACAGGUAUGGCGCUGCCUUUUGGAGUGAGGUCCACAAACACACCUGCAUGAACCAAACAGAAAUCUUUGAGAUUCAUAUUUACAAAGCAGCUUUCAAUUAUUCCUCUGCGGUAACUAUUCAACAAAUCCAUCAGAAGACUGAUCAUUUACCAGAGUUUGACAAAUUCUAGUGAGCUGUGGAGUUUUCUCUUUUCUUUUUUUUUUUUGCUGUGCUACUCAGAAGGAAUCUGACACAAAGACGGUACAUUUUUAACCUCUUAGUUAUCCAGCUAAGACGACCGGAACUUCAUCCCAACUUUUUUUCAGUUAUUUGAGAUCAGAAUAAGAAAUGUGGAUUUGAUUUCCCAUCAUGUCAUCAGACUCGUAUUGGGUUAGGGGUUUCCUCUUUCAACAUUGACACAUGCCCCGGUGGUAAAUGUGUUGCUCAGACAUUUGUAAAUAUUACAUUUUAUAUAAUAAUCUCCUUUGUGAAAGAAUGACAUUUUAAUCAAAAAGCUUUGCUCUUGGGAACAAUCUGGCAUUAACUGAAGUGCACUUGAUGUAUACUGAAUGUGGUAAAACUGAAAUUAACCUUCAUACCUUUAAGUGCAAUGUACUGUAUUGACAUCAGAUUUACUCCUCUGUGUGCGAGAGAUGGAGACUCUCCAUCUUUAAAUUUGUGACUUUGGCUGAGUGGGAUUAUAAACAGAAACACUGGUGUAUACUCUGUGAAACUGAUGUUUCUAAUUUAACUUUUGAUUUGCUGAAUGAGAAAAGUAUGAAUUGUGCUUCAGUGAGACUGACUUCAUUUCCAAACAGAUUUUCCAGUGUGGUUUUUGGACUGAUAGGGAUCACUGUGUGUUACUGACACAUGUCUACUGAGCUCUGACAAAAAAACAGAGAUAUCGCACAAGUUUAUCCAGAUUGUUUUUUUUUUAUAUAUACAUCAAAUGAUGGAUGGUUUCAGUGCUGUGUGUUUAUUAAGUUACAUUUUCUAUUUUUUUUCGCUUGCAAAUGGCUGGUAUAAUAAAAUACUGUCUCAUGAGCUACAGGAUCCCUAAACAGAGCUAAUAUCAGUGCACUUGGCUAAUUCUUCAGAGCAACUAUCCCUAAAUGUGCUGCAGCUUCUGUUAACUACUCAGGAGAUUAUCCGACGCUAACGAGAUUGUUAGUAAAAGAAAUGUGAAUUAAAACUGAAUAUUGUCUCUUUUUCUUUGCAGUAAACUCGUAAUCAACAACAAGAGAGCGGUGAGCAAGUAUUUUAUUAGUAUAUCUCUCGGGUUUUCACUUUGCAUUUACUCAGUUAUUACACAAAUAUCCAAAUAAAACCUAACAGAA